UGGUCCUUCGUUGUCCAUUCGUUUCUGUAAUCGUGAGAAGAUUUUGUCUGAAAGAAACAUUCGGAAAAAGUGAAUCGUAGAAAUUUUCGUCACUCACGUUUCUAUAAAAUUCUUCACGAAUUCUUUCCACGUUUCAGUAUUUCUCGAGUACUCAUCGUGAACAUAAAAACAAAAACAAUUCGAUGAUCGUUAAGAACAUUUGUUGGAUUCUCAUUCGAGAUAUUGCAUUUUUGUUAGUAAUGCAGAAGUGAGGCAUCACCUUAAAACGACUCCAAUUUUAUUUAUAAUGCAUCUUAUGAAUCAGUAAUGUUGCAACAUAGCAAUAUUAUGGCGGGGGAGAACUUCCAACACCACAAAAAAAUUGGAUUUUUUUUCCGAAGAUUCUGUUCUCAGUUCGCCUCUCACUUCAACGAACGGAAUUUUCCAAUUUCCAAUUCAAUUUGACAUUCAUGCGUUCGUGUUUAUAAACGACUCGUCGCGCCCCGUGAGCGCAGCUUCGUCGUGUGCUUUGCCGCAAGCUGUAUUGCGGGGCCGCAGGCGCAGGCCUCCAGCGAAAUUGUCUCCAAAGUUUCGAGGGGGUAUUCGAGAGGAUUUUGGGUGUAAGUAAUGAUCGAGGAGCACCACGAGACUUUGUGUAAACACACGGUUCAAGGUGAACUCUUGAAAAUCCCCAAAUAGUGUGAUAACGAUGAAGAAAUUACGGUUGAUCAAAGGCCCUGCUAGGAUUUCCAUGCUUCAGUGAUUAGAAGCUAAUUAUUUUAGGAUAAUUGUCCCCAAUUAAGAUAACGACGAGUCGAUUAUCUCGGGCCUCCUUGGAAUUAGAAACGAUUCGAAUCGUGCAUAAAAAUCCACUCGAAUUAAUCGAGAUUCAUUUUCAAUCGAUGAGAGGAUCUUUUCGACAUUUAUUUUCCAAAUUUUCAAGGUCAAAUUCAGGACACAAUUUACCGAGAAUAGAAAAACCCUUUGGCUGUUCUAUUCAAUCAUUUUUUCCACACUUUUCGGGAGAUUUCAAUUUUUAAGGUCCAAUACCAACAGUAAGCACAUUUGGGUGUUCAACGAUCGAGAAACUUGACGCUGCUUCCCAUGAAUUUUCCCAUUUUAAUGCUAAUCCAAUUAGGCAGUGCGCCUACAAUCGGAUGGACAUAGCGAUGAGUUUGAGCUUGAGAUUCGAGUGUAUCCGAACGCAUUCGAUGCUCUCGUUCCCCCCCGCGAGUGCUGCCCCGGCCAUGGGAAUCCGAUUAUGCUACAGCAUGUCUGACGUAAUCCAAACAGCAAGUGCAAAGCGUGUCGAGUGUGUGCGUGUGUCCAUAGCAACGUUUCUGCUUCGAUCUGGCAACCGAUGCACAAUCUACACAACGGAUUAACCAAAUCCCUGAGAUUCCUCAAUUAAACCAGUGCCGUAAGAUAAUCGAGAGAAUUUCUCGUCCAUUGUUACUAUUCCGACGCACCUUAUGGGCUCGCAUUCCCCUACAAGUUGCAGGCCAGAUCCGGGAAGCAACGUUGCAGCUUCCGGAUUGGAGUUUGGCCCCGCUUGCUUCUUCGGUGUCGCCAAUUAGUCUCGACGACUCCGCCGGAACGCUUUGACCAAAUCGUCGAUCUUCGCCAGGCCAGUUUUUCCCAAUAAUCGGUGAUCCGGAAGACUCGUUUUUCUCGAAGGAACAUCGAGGGAAAAUUGCUCGAGGAAAACAUUUUUUGCAUUUCGGAAGUGAAGCUGACAGAUCAUUGCUACGAUGGGUUACGCGCGCCGACGGAAAUUCUCAUUCGCGGAGAGAGGAAAGUCUCCGGAGCGGGUCUCGCUGGGCGAGCCGAACUUUGUGAGCAACGCCAGGCGACAUAGUAGCGAGUAUGCGAAAGCUGCUAACAGCAGUACUUGCACAAAGAGGCAGAAGAGAGCGGGCAAGGGAACGGGGGUUGAAGAGGCAGAAAGAAGCGGAGAGCGGCAGAGAAAGUCGGGGGGGGGAGUGAGUUGAUGUCGUUAUGGAGGAUGGAGUUGAAGCAACGUCGGGUUCGGGCGAGGAGGGCCGAGGCGUAUCGAGCGAGAAGCUUCAACCCGCUCGUAAAACGUACGAAAGUGUUAGUGAGCUCAUUAAUGUGUGAGUCUCGGGCUCGUGUGCGUUGCCAAGGCAAGGUGGGCUCCUCCGGGUUUGUACAGGGGCAGCUGUUCCCUCGAAACUACUGCGUGUACGGACACUCGCAGUGUAGAAUGAGAAGUGGGCUUUCCGGCUCGGAUCGCGUCCCAAGCUUGCUGCGCGAUGCGUCCUUUCGACUGGCAGAAAGUGUUAGUGCGACAGCGGGACUCUUGCGCAUCCGUUGACCGCACCGAUGCGACACGAGCUGGAUCGAGAGUCGCGGAGCCCGCAGCUUUGUUCUCUGCUCCGAAUUAAGGCUGUAUCUCUGCCUCCGGGUGGAUUCGAUAAAAAAUUAGCACGCUUUUGAAUCGUAUGGGCCUGCUUGGAGCGCGGAGCCAGCUCAGAUGCAGGCUGGCAAGAUUUUCGUUGUGACUGAGCUCGGAACGCUUUGUCAGCGGCGCUCAGUCCGCGAGGCGAGCGACGCUGAGGGUAGAACGUCGAAACAGGGACGGUUCCGGAAAUAUUUUUCUCACAUUUCGGUUUGAGGGUCGAGGAAUCGAGCAUUUUUCGUCCAAUCGGUUUCUCCGCUUUCUCAAUCUCAGGCCGGACACCCCCGAAGCUGAUUCUUUGCGACCAAGACGAUGCACCAGAGCGUUCAACAUCGAUAUUCAUAACGGCACGUUUUUCGUGACUAACGCCAGCUGCGUUCGAGCUCGCGGAGCAAAGGGCCAAACUCAUUGGCUCUACGAGCUGUAGAACAUGCUACAAAGACGUUUUGGUGGCGGGCCGGUGUGCACAGUCGUGUUCUUUGCAGAGGGGCGAGGGAGGAAAGUCCCGAGGCCGGGCUCUUGCGCGCGCGCGCGCGCGCUAACUGCGCUCGAGUAAGAAGGAUGCCGGGGAGAAGUGAGAGCGAGAGAAGAGGAUCCCCAGGGUGACAAAAGGAAGAGCCGAGUCCGGCCGAGGGGCGCCGAGCCGGGCCGGGCUGAGCCGAGAGGAGCGUGCCCUGGUACGCAGACGUUGGACUUUCUCGUCUCGCCAAAUGCUCUCGCGAACUAAUUACCCACACGAGCAAAAUGCGCUCAGGGACAGAAAAUCACGGAGCAACGAAAUCAGUCACAAAAAUAAAGUCCUACGAAUUCGUUCCUAAAACGGUACACACCCUUAAAAAAGCACCCACAAAAAUCUACCUGCCCAAUAGAAAAUGGAGAAUUAUCCCCCCCCCCCCCCCGCGAAGCGAUGUCAAAGGUCAGCAGAAAAUGAGCUCGAUUCGUACUAAAUAUGCAGAUGGCGUUUCCACUAUUUUUCAUGACUGCAGCGAACGAAUUUCCCAAAAAAAUUGUAAUUCAAGCCGCAGCCGGAUAAGCCGCAACGAUUCGUUCCCAGUUUCCAGACGGAACUCGAUAUGGGAGUUGAACGCAAGUUAUCGAGCUGCUGAAAAAUCGUGAGCUUUUAAUAAACCGUAAGUGAAUUCAUGAAAAUUAAGCAACUCCCUGAGCGAUCCUUACUGCCUCGUGUUCCAUGAAUGACGUCGUAGAUCGAGGCUGUAGCACAUUCGCGUCGCACACAAGCUCAACGGUCGCGCAUAUACGAAGGAGCGUUAACGCAGAGGAGAGAUUGACGUGGUCACACACACACACACACACACACACACACACACGAGAGGACGCCGUGGCGACUCACGAGCUCGGAAUGUUCGCAGCACGCUUAUACAUUCGCAGAAGUGGUGGUGGGUAUGCGAGCUGCCGCCGCUGAUGGAUACACGCGCAGCACGCACACGCUGGCACAGCGUGUGCGGAAGGCUCCCGCGGCAAGGAAUACAGGAAGGGAAGAUCGUGUACGCGCGCUAGCAGCGAGCGAGAGGAAGGCGAGCGGGAGCCGGAGAGAGCGCCGAGUCGCGCGGCUUUGACUCGGCAGAUCGCGCGCGCGGGAAUGCGCGCGGCACUGGCACUCACGGACGCACGCACACUCGUGCGUCCGGAGAGAGAGAGAGGGAGCGAGAGAGAUGAAGGGUGGAGAGAGAGAGAGAAGUCUCACAUGGCGAUGAGACGGAAGGCGCUCACGGGGACUACGCUCGGCUCGGCUCGGCGUCGGUACGCCUCCUCCGUGCACGCAACGCACGGCCGAGGACAGCAGUACAAAGCCCCGGUCUCGGCGAGCAGCGUCGAGGCAGCCGAGCACACAGCGGCGACGUCUCGAACCGCGCGUUCUCUCGCUGCCCGUUUAUCUUUCCUCUUCCUUGCGUUUUGCUUCGAAAUUCUCACUUUUCGUCUCAAACUUAUACUCGGCUCGUGGACUCGAGGGCGAAAAGACGCGCGGCGUGGCUUCAGGCCGUGUGACGAACGGUAACGACGCGAGACGAAACCUCCGGUCGAGCGCGGCGCUCAACGUGCGCCACGACGCCGAGCCUGAGGACGGAUGCGAAAACGUCGAAGCUCCGACGCACCAAAGCCCGCGGAGAAACAACAAACUUCCAUCCCGCUCGACGCCCGUCCACGAUUAUGGAUCUCCAAAGACUGAUCACCGAGGUCCAGGCAAGGCCUGCCAUCUGGGACCAAAAGAACACGCAUUACCAUAACAGAGACGUCAUACUGAGGCUGUGGGGCGAAAUUGCCAAAGCUUGUGACGUAUCCAGCGACGUGGCUAAAUCCAAGUGGAAGCAUUUGCGUGACAAUUUUCGUAACGAGUUGAAGAAAACGUACCGCGGCAAGCCGCCUUACGAGGGCAAUGGUUCGCCCCCAAAUGUGCCGGACCACGAGUCCAAAUGGGUAUGGUUCAAGAGCCUGCAGUUUCUACGCGACCAAAUGAACUCGCGAGUGAUCGGUGGCUGCGGCGGACAUGCCCAGAACGGGGUCGGCAGGUACCAAACCUCUUUGGACGAGACGCAGAUCGAGCCUCAGAUCGACAUCGUCGAGGGCGACGAAGAGGCCCACUUCGACGACGUGGACGACGGCGGCUCCUGCACUUCCUUGAUGACGAGCGAGGACGUGAUGAACCCAGCGGACGCGCCCUCCCAGAGGCGAGGGAAAAUCAGCAGGAAGAGAUUUUUGAUGGACGGUGGGCUCGAAUCGAUAGACUAUCAUCAAGGAGUUGAGCGCAAGCGUCAUGCCCAAGGCGCUUCGAGGAGAGUCAGCAGCGACGAAGACGACGACACUUAUCACUUCCUAAUGAGCGUCAGGAGCCCGAUGAGGAGUUUACCCCUCGAACGACAAAUGUACGUCAGACUGAAAAUCCAGGAGUUGAUACUCUCCGAGCUCACGGCGCUCGGCCAGCAGAGCGCGAGGGCUCACGAUCCCGCUGAUAGUCAACAAGACACAAAGCCACAGACGCGAGGGGCAGGUGCAAUUGCGGCCAAUUCAAUCCUCCAGAAUCGCUCCCCCGAACGUGCCACCGACGAUAAUUACUUCAGUUAGGAGCCUCCGCCGAUCGAUCCGGAGAGCAUGAUCGCGCUGUUUGCUCCGCGUGAAUAAACGUCCCGUCGACCGGAUUACGGACGAUUCACGAGCUCUCGAAUCCACGCACACGUUAACUAUGCAAUCGUUCGUAUCUUCGUAACAAGUCUACUAAAUAUCCGAGUCAUUUUCAUCGAGAUAAUGUACAAACAUUUAUUUGUAAGGGUCAGAUGCUCGUGCACGAUCGAUUUACCUAUUCCGAGCACGCGAUCCCAAAACUCAUGAGACGAUAAUGCAACGAAUCCAGGUUUAAUCUCCGCUCUCCUUAGUCUUAAUACUUUGAGUCUUACGACCCUGUAAUCACGAGGGCUUCGUGGACCACGUUCCACCGCAGUGUGUACGCUUAAAGAGGAGAGCGAAGUUGUGAUAUCCGAGGAUAAAAUAAGUAAAACGAAAGUAAUGAUGGAAGCGAUCUUCCGUCGUUUAUUCCAAUGUGAGGACUCUCGGCAAGUUUGCAUUUAAACGAGAAAAAAUAACCGUGGAGAGCCGCGACAGCGAAAAAAUAUUACCAAUGUACAUGAAAAUAUAUAUUUUCCAGCAAAUUAUCUUCGGAGUUUUAA